AUGAAGAAACUAAAGGUUCUAAUCAUCACAAACUAUGGAUAUCACUUCUCAGACCUUCAAAACUUCCCAUCGCCACAAUCUUUAUCAUGUCUAACUACAAUUCGAUUACAACAUGUUUCGGUAUCUUCAAUUUGCACACCAAUCCUAGAAUUAACAAACUUGAGGAAACUAUCAUUGAUCAUGUGCAGAAUAGGCAACGGUUUCAAUGAAUUCAUGCCCAACAAGUUAACAUCAACCCUUUCAGAGAUCGAUAUAGACUCUUGCGAUGAUUUACUCACAUUUCCUUCAAUGUUUUGCAAUCUAAUCGGCCUUAGAAAACUCAGCAUCACUAAUUGCCAUGAAUUGAGUUCACUUACCGAAGGAUUUAGGAACCUAACCAAUUUGGAAGUUUUGCGGCUUGCAUCAUGCUUGAAUCUUAUAGAAUUGCCUGAAUCGAUGGGAAGCAUGCAGAAAUUAAGGGAUCUUGAUCUAACUGACUGUUUGAGUCUGAAGAAGUUGCCGGAGGAUAUCGGUUAUUUAAGUGGUCUACGGAUGAUUCAUAUGAGAGGUUGCACGAAGCUGCAUGAGAUUCCAUUGUCGAUCAAUGAUUUAAACUCACUGGAAGUUGUUUGUGAUCUUGAAAUAAAGGUGCUAUGGACAGAAUUCACAAAAGUGAAAGUACAAGUGGUGGAAGAAGAUACACUUGCUACCCUUUUGAAGAUCAUCGAAAGAGAUAUGCAUGUUUAA